AUGACUUCGUUGAAUCCAGCAAUAGUCAUAGCCAUUCUCAGCACCAGAUUAGGGAAUUAUUCAAUGAUGAGUGCCGAUGAGCUUUUCUAUAAGGGCAGGUUCUUACCAUUUAAGGAAAGUUCAAGCCAAAAGACUACAACUCUGAGAGACGAGUUGCAGAAUGAAGAAGAAGAAGAAGGAGAAGAAGGUGUGGGUUUUUCAUUGAGGCCUCCAAGGAAUUUUACCAGAUGGAGAAAUGGUUUUUUGGGGUUAAGAAAAUCUCACAUUGGUGGUCCAAGAAAUCCACAGAUAACAGUGAAGGUAUGUAGAAAAAGGGACUGGCUUUCAUCAUGA